UUUAUACGUACAAGGAAAUUUCUCACCAACGUGAAAAUAAAAAAAAUGUUAUAGAGUAGCGUAAAUAUUCACAAAAAGAAGUUGAAUAAUCAUCAAACGCAAAGAACAUUAGAGUCGUAAUUAGAUUACUAGUGAUAAAGAGGUAGAAAUAAUAAACAAAGUUCUGGGUAACAGAUGAAGCCAUGAAAUUAUUACAAAGAUGGAGUCAUGUGUGUUGAACAGACCGGCGAGGAGAGCACCAUGGGUUCUACUACAAUGGGGUUCGUCAGUACGGCUUCAUGAACAUGACCAAUGCCAUCGGGCUCCACUCCUGGAGUCACUACUGCCACAACUUCCAUCACGGUGAGUACCGCGCCUACAUCCAUGGUAAACUGGCUGCCCGAGGUCCCUUCAGCGUACCCCACAAGGUACCGCUCCCGCUCAAGGGCAUCAUCACCAUAGGACAAGAGCAGGAUCUUUUGGCAGGAGGCUAUGAUACUGACCAAAGCUUCCGCGGUCACAUGGCUCAGGUUAACAUCUGGAACAGGUCUCUUACAGCGGAGGAGGUGGCGCAGCAGUCGUCGUGUACUAAAGCACCACUGGGAAAUAUCUUCUCCACUGAUAGGGAGGACGUGGAACUACUCGGGAACGCCACUGUUGAGUUGGUGAAGCCUGAGUACUUCUGCCAGAAAUCGGUUGAGUACGUGAUCUUCCCUGAGGCACAGUACAUGGCAGAGUCGCGCUGGACUUGUCGCAGAAUAGGCUACGACGUGUACACCCCCAACAACAAAGACGAAAACAGAGCACUUCACAAAGAGUCGCUUCGUUUUGCUGAAAACUGCCUCUCGAAUUACCAUUUGUGGAUUGGAGUGACUGACGAGGUACAGGAAGACGUCUGGAGAAAGUUUACCGACAACUCGAUAGCUCAGACCCAGUUUGAGCUUAACGAACCCAACGGAGGAACUGGAGAAAACUGCAUGUUGAUGUUUCUGCCCAACGGACUAUGGGUAGACACCUCUUGUGUUAUCAAGUGGCCCGCCUGUGUUCCUUGCGAAGUGAAUCGGACUUCACCGCUUCGUCUGAGAGGCUUUUGUUUUUCUGACGAAGCAGAGACUUACUACGAAGUACUCGGGUACAAAGGAGAGAAGCCUUACUUGCACGGUUACUAUGGUUUCAUGGUAUACAAAACAGACACAUACACUUGGGAGAUGUUUGACACCACGACGGGGGAAGUCGUUGCUGUCUUAAAAGUGCCAUCCAAAGACUCUUAUCCGAUUGGUCGUAACAUUUGGAUGCUCCAGAGGUCCAUGUGCAACCAACUGAUAGGAACCAAACUACAGCUAAGCUUCUCCAUUUGUGAUAACGACCAGUUUACCUGUGCCAACGGUGACUGUAUUCCAAAGGAACGUCGGUGCAAUGCCAAGGACGACUGCAUUGACCUUUCUGACGAGGAGGACUGUCAACUGUUCAUCCUGCCGAAGGGUUACCGUGCUGAGCGGCCACCAGACAAUGAGCUCGAGGGUCAGGCUAUCUUCCUGGAAUCCACUGUGGACAUCCUCCGCUUCAUGGAGAUUAGCGACAUCCGUCGCAUAAUCAAUGUGGAGUUCACAGUGGAGACAAGGUGGACUGACCCGAGGAUCAAAUACCAGAACCUGGGAGAGACUCUGGAGUGGAAUAAACUUUCAGAUGUGGAUAGGAAUAGAGUGUGGAAGCCCAGUCUCAAUUUCCCCAACGUGUACGACGGUAACAUCAAACUCCUGUCAGAGGAUGUUUCCUUAGACAAGAUCGGUGAUCCACUCCCACCAGACUACAACAACGUCAGGAUGGACACAGUAUAUGAUGGGAAGUCUGCCAUGCUGGUGCAGAGGCUACACUACAGCGGUGUGUUCGCCUGCUCCUUCGACGUGUUCUACUACCCGUUCGACAACCAGGAGUGCGCUCUGGAACUAGAACUCACCGUCAGGAAGGAGUUGGUCAAGUUCGCCUCAGAUAUGGCUCGAGUGGUGUACCUGGAGGAUCCCAAACUCCCAGCCUACCUCCUCACCAGGUUCUUCAUCACCGUCAUCGAGGCUGGCAACAACGAGACCCGCUACAGCACACUACAGGUGGAGUUUGAGUUGUCACGGCGAUGGAAGAUGAUAGUGUUGACGGUGUACCUGCCCACUGCUAUGUUGCAGCUGGUAGGCUACACAACACUCUUCGUCAAUGUUGCUCUCAUGGACGUGCGGAUGGCUGUAAGUUUGACAACGUUGCUGGUACUAUACACACUGUUCAGCAACACUUCUGAUGCUCUCCCUACCACCGCCUACGUUAAGCUCAUCGACGUGUGGUUCUUCUUCUGUAUCUUUCUUCUCUUCUUCGUCAUCGUGUUACACACGGUGGUGGAACACCAGGUCAACAUGUCAGAAAACAAAAUGCUCACUCAGGUGCUGCCCUUCGACCCUAGGAGAACCGUGGAGAAAAGUUUUAGACCCACAUCACCUGAGGCUGAGAAAUUACUCUGGUGGUCCAGAUAUGUGGUGGUCCCUGGUAUUAUCUUUCUCUUCAAUAUCAUCUACUGGGGUCUUGUCUUCAGCAAGUCCUUUUAAGAUAUUUGGCCAUCUCUCAAAUUAAAGCUACUUACAUAAAACGAGUUAUUAUAUUCUCAAAUAAAAUCUUCCCAUCUUUUCCUCUUUUUAAUGUUAACAAGCGUUACUGAAUUGUGUAACUUAUGGUACUGUACCCAGGACAUGGAGGAAUAUUCAUGCCACAUCUAUGGCCGCACUUGUACUGUAUUAAUUACCAGUAAUGUUAUAAACUAACCGUAAUCACAGUAAUUGGGGCACUGGAAAGUUUUCCAAACUGCUUAGUAAGCUUUAAAGCUACAUAAGUGUAGCAUAUCCCAACACUGAGAUUUGAUUAAGUUACUCAAAUGCAUAUUUUUGGGAGUAUCUGUCUUUGCUUAUUUAUCCACUUAUAGUACAUAUAUAUAAAAGAACAUCUGUCUUAGCUUCUCUAAAUGUGGCACUUUUCUCACUGUAGUUAUUUGUAUUAUUUUAUAGUGAAAACUAAGCGUUAAACC